AUGUAUGUGCAACCUUCACCUCAGUAUGAAAGACAUCAAGAGGACACUCUUCAGGAAAACCUACCUAGGACAACUCAAUCAGAUAACAAUAUAACAUACGCAGAGGUGUUAAAAACUACAGCCGAAGUACACAGGGAGCAGGACACAACCCUUAAUUCUAAUGCAUCGGUAUUUAACACAAAAAAAAAGAAAGCAAGAAAAGACCAAGAAAAGGUUCAAACUGAUGAGGAGUACACUUUAGAAUUAGAUUCUGAUAUUGAUCUAGAGCUACAGGAGAGAGAAGAUAUCCAACAAAGAGAGAAAUUUAAUAAAUUUGAUGAGAAAAUUCAUAUUGCGGCCUUAAGUGAAACGUGGUUAAAUUCCAAUGUUAACUUUAGGAUAUCUGGCUAUAAUAUAGUUCGCGAGGAUAGGGACGACGGAUAUGGUGGUGUAGCAAUUAUAGUUCAUGCCUCCAUUAAAUAUCAAUUAUCUAAAAUAAACUGUACAAAUCCUGGAAUACAACUUAUACAUCUAAAAUUACUGAAUUGUUUUCAAAUAGAAAAUAUCAUUGCUAUCUACUGUCCGCCAUCCGUGCAGACUACAACAAGCGAUUGGGAUUAUAUUUUUGGCAUUUAUAACAAUAAAACUUUGAUUGCUGGAGACUUUAAUGCUCAUCAUUCGAAUUGGUCAUAUAAGACAGAUAACAGGGGUAGUCAACUUUUUGAUGUAUUGCUUGAUAAAAAUUAUAUAACUCUGAAUGACGGAUCACCUACUAGAAUUAAAUUGGUCAAUGGCAGUCUACAAAAAUCUUCUCCCGACAUUACAUUGGUAACAAGUGAUAUCGCUUUAAAGUUUACUUGGGCAAUGUCAAAUGAAUCGUUAGGGAGCGAUCAUCUCAUCAUUAAAUAUUCCUUGUAUAACAAUAAUCAGAGUCCUAACUUCGUUCGAAAGAGGAACUUUAAAAAAGCCAAUUGGAAUGGUUAUUCUAGUUUUCUUCAAAGCAUCUUCUCCGUUUUGAUAUUGGCAGCCAAUCCUCAGAAGGCGUAUAAUCAAUUCGUUGACGCUAUUAAUACUGCUGCUAAUAUAUAUAUACCCCCAGUUAACAUUUGUCAAGACCCAUUAAGACUUAAAAAAUUUGUUCCUAAAUCAUAUUGGAAUGUAGACAUCUCUCGCUCGAUAGCGGAACGGAGACUUGCAUUAGCAAUUUUUAGGAAAAACCCUACGCCCCAUAAUUUAAGCAAUCUUCAAGCUAAAAUGGCUUCUGCACGGAGAACUAUUCGUAAAGCUAAAAGAGAAGCUUGGAGAAAGUUCUGUAGUAGUAUAAUGAAAUUGUGUCCCUUAGUGAAAUGUGCCGUCGAAUGCGAUGGU